AUGGCUUGGUCCACUGGGCUGAUGAGUGGAUGGGAGCUUCCGUGGGAGCGAUCUCGUGUCAAAGUAAAAAAGGACAUACAUAAGAAUAAUGUGGGGAGAGCCAGGAUCGAACCAGCGACCUCGCGGGUACUAGCCGCGGUUCGGCAAAUGCGUCUAGGACGUUUCACACUAAACCAAGUCGCCCUUAGCGUGCUUAUCGAAUUCCUUUCCCCAGAGCCUAGUAGCCGUCGCGCCAAUCAAUUGCACACAGAAAUUGCAUCACUAGAUCUGGAAAUAAGAAAAAGAGAAGAGCGGGACCGAAUAGAAAUAACAGCGACGGCGCUGCAGAGCUCCAAUCCACCAGGCGACUACCUACACCACGAUGACGACGAGGUGGAAGGGUUCAAAACGCGUUUGAACGAGCGCUUAGCUCCUGUUGGCUCACAGUUUAGUGGUGAGGGAGUAAAUGACGAUUGGGAAAUCGGCGACACGCUGGCGCAGUGGUGGCGGCCGAAUUUCGAGACGUUCAUGUACCCAUUCCUCCCCGGCCAUGUGACACGGCCAAAGGAGUGCAAGAAGCUAUAUUUCAUCCAGUUGCCGAAGAAGAAAGUCCUAUCCGUCCCGAAAAACAUGAAACUACUUGCUGUACCCCUCUUCGAGCUGUACGAUAACACGGCACGGUAUGGACCCCAGCUCUCAGCGAUCCCGCACCUGCUGUCACGAUAUAACUUUGAGUUUGUGGAUGAGAAUGAUAAUGUGGUUGCGGUGACGCCGGGGGAGCAGCCGGGCCCUGACAGCAGCGGGGGAAUGCCGCAGGCGAAGGUGUUAUUGAGCGGUGAGGAUGGCGCGAUGGGAGAAGAUAAUAAGAAUGGCGUGGGGGACCAGGAGGGGGAGAUGGGGAUGGAAGGUGUUGAGGGGCAGUAA